AUGGAGGAAUCCCUGAAUGGCACCAUUGAUCCGGCUUGUUUACAAGAGCCUCCACUGGCUAUGGACAUGAUAAAGCACUUAGAUACGUUUGGAUUCUGCCUGUACGCCAUGCUCACCUUCAUGUCCUCUGUUUCCCUGCUGCUGUACCUGGAACAGUGUGUCUACAUUUAUAAAAAAGUGCAGUACCCCAAGAAGACCACCAUCAUUUGGAUAAGCGGUGCAGCACCGGUCAUUGCCACCAUGGCUUGCUUCGGGAUGUGGAUCCCGAGAGCCGUCAUGAUCACAGACAUGACGUCUAACUGUUAUUUUGCAGUCGUGGUGUACAAGGUCUUGGUUCUGCUGAUCGAGGAGUUGGGGGGCAGUAGUGCUUUUCUGGAGCGGUUUACUGGGACACCCUUUCGGAUCAACACAGGACCCUGCUGCUGCUGCUGCCCCUGUUUACCCCGAGUCCCCAUGUCACGGCGAAUGCUCUUCCUGCUGAAGAUAGGGGCUCUUCAGUAUGCAAUCCUAAAAUCAGUGCUUUCUGUGGUUUCUGUAAUUCUGUGGACGAAUGGAAACUUUGAUCUUUCUGAUCUGGAGAUCACGGGUACGGCCAUUUGGAUCAACCCAUUCAUUGGUGUCCUCACCAUCACCUCUCUUUGGCCUGUUGCCAUCGUCUUCAUGAACAUUAACAGCUUUCUACGGAGCAUUAAAAUCAUACCCAAAUAUGCCAUGUACCAACUAAUACUUGUACUGAGUCAGCUGCAGACAUCAAUCAUUAACAUCCUGUCCUUGGAUGGAACCAUCGCCUGUGCCCCUCCCUUGUCGUCUCAGGCUCGCGGCUCCAUGCUCAGUCAGCAGAUGAUGAUCAUGGAGAUGUUCAUCAUCACUCUGAUCAAUCGGUUUUUGUACCGUCGCCCAUACAACACAAUUCCCUGUGAAGCACAUGACAACAACCAGAACGGCAAAGUUGCCCUGCAGGCUGCUCUCGUAGAGCAUGAUGUCUGA